GGAAGACAUGUUGGAAAGAUUGACAAGACUCAAGGAUGUAGAUGCAUUACCAAGAAUUAAGAUGUCAACCCCUGAGCAAUUCUUCAAGGAAUUAGAAGAUACUUCAAAUGAUUUAUGUAAAUGGAUUGGUGAACUUUAUCUAGAGCUGCAUCAGGGAACAUUUACAACUCAGGCCAUGAUCAAAAAGUACAAUAGAAAGCUGGAAAUUCUUCUUCAUGAUUUAGAACUGACAGCUUCUAUGGCAAUGCUUGCCAAUGCAUCUUACAAGUACCCUCAAGAAGAACUGUCAGAAAUGUGGAAGAAACUAUUAUUAAACCAAUUCCAUGAUGUUUUACCAGGGAGUUGUAUUGCUUUGGUAGUAGAAGAUGCAUUGCAGUUGUAUAAGGAGGUAGAGAAGGUUGCACUCACUGCACUAACUAAAGCUAGAAAUAGUCUGUUAUCAGCAAAACAGUCUACUACUGGAACUAAGUUACUAGCAUUCAACACGUAUUCAUGGGAACGAACAGAGGUUGUGAGCUUACCAUCAACUGUUGAUACAACUGAUGAAACACCCAUAAAGAAAUUGAAAACAUCAGUAAGUCAGAUUAGAGACAAACAAGGCAAAAUGUUAGCGGUUAUACAUGUGCCUUCAAUGGGAUAUAGUGAACUCAAACCUUAUGAAGAAAGUCUUUGUAAUGUUUGCAUCAGUGACAAUUCUAAUGGUCAAAUUAUAUUGGAAAAUGAUUCAUUGCGAGCUACCAUUGAUAAUGUUGGACGAAUUGUAUCACUUGUGCACAAAGCAUCGAAACGUGAAGCCAUAGCAACUGGUUGUUAUGGUAACCAGUUUGUGCUUUAUGAUGAUGUUCCACUUUUCUGGGAUGCCUGGGAUGUUAUGGACUACCACUUGGAGACAAGGAAGCCUGUUACAACAGUUAAAUCUCCAGCCUACAUUGUACAAGAUAGUACACUUUCAUGUGCGAUUGCUGUGUCUUUACAAAUAUCAGAAAAAAGUUACAUUGAACAAACCAUAUCUCUUGAUGCUACAUCAAAAUACUUGAAAUUUGACACAAAGGUUGAGUGGAAUGAAAAUCGCAAGUUUUUAAAAGUUGAAAUUCCUGUGACAGUGAGAUCUUUACAUGCUUCGUACGAUAUACAGUUUGGUCAUCUACAACGACCCACCCAUGGUAAUACAUCAUGGGAUUGGGCUAGGUAUGAGGUGGUUGGACACAAGUGGGUGGAUUUAUCUGAAUACAAUUGGGGAGUUUCUGUGUUCAAUGAUUGUAAAUAUGGGCACUGUACUCAGAAUGAUGUAAUUAGAUUGUCACUACUAAAAGCACCCAAAGCGCCAGACCCAGAGGCCGAUAUGGGUAUGCACCAAUUUAGAUAUGCUGUUAUGCCUCAUACAG